UUGCUGCAGAGUGGAUGCAGAGUUCAGCUCCGGCUUUGCCCGUGGUCCCCGCGGCCACAGCUCAGGCUUCGGCUGUGAUUCAGGACGAGACCAGAGGAUGGAUCUCUAUCACUUUGCCUUUCUCUGCGGGGCUCUGCUGUUUGUUUGGGAAAUCCCCUGUUUUCACACUCUUGCUAUUUUACCUCCAGCUGCCCCGAAGAGCAGCAAGGUGUCGAGGAUUUUUGAUGGACAAGAAGCUUCUAAGUAUUUCAAGGAUUUUUACGCGCCGCCAUCCAUCGACAGAAACAAUAAAGCAACAUCUAAAGACUCAAUUGAGCCUCAUGACUACAUGCUGUCUAUUUACAAGACCUUCUCCACGGCAGAAAGACUGGGACUCAACGCCAGUUUCUUUCGGUCUUCUAAAGCUGCAAACACUAUUGCAAGUUUUGUGGACAGUGGACAAGAUGACCUCCCACUCUCCCCUCUGAGGAGACAGCAGUAUCUGUUCGACGUCUCAACGCUCUCCAAAAAGGCGGAGGUGCUGGGAGCUGAGCUCAGGAUAUACACCAAAGUGUCUGGGAAUUUCAGGAUAUCGGAAACAGAGCCCGUCGACAUCCAGCUCCUCUCCUGCCACGACCGGCAGCUGCUUGAUUCCAAAACACUGGACUUGCAGGAUUCCAAAAGGCCAAAGUGGGAGGUGUUGGACGUGUGGGAAAUAUUCAAAGAGCAGCAGCACCUGAGCCAGGGGAAGCUCUUCUGCCUGGAGCUCAGGGCCAUGCUGGACAACCCAGAGAGGGAGCUGGACCUGCAGCUUCUGGGCUUGCACCGGCACGGCAGGCCUCAGCAGAAGAAAGCCAUCUUAGUGGUGUUCACCAGGUCUAAGAAGAGGCAGACCCUCUUCAGUGAGAGGAGAGAGGGGAGAGCGUUGCUGGGUCUGGAGAGGAAGGCCAAAGAGAGAGGCCCUGGCGCCAAAGCCAGCAGGAGACGGAGGACAGCUGCAUCCAAAACCCGCCACGGGAAGAGACACGGCAAGAAGUCCAAAUCCAGGUGCAGCAAGAAGCCGCUGCACGUCAACUUCAGAGACCUGGGCUGGGACGACUGGAUCAUCGCCCCGCUGGAUUAUGAAGCGUACCACUGCGAGGGGGUGUGUGACUUCCCCCUGCGCUCCCACCUGGAGCCCACCAACCACGCCAUCAUCCAGACUCUGAUGAAUUCAAUGAACCCCAGCAACAUGCCGCCCAGCUGCUGCGCCCCGUCCAAACUCAGCCCCAUCAGCAUCCUCUACAUCGACUCAGGAAACAACGUGGUCUACAAACAGUACGAGGACAUGGUGGUUGAGUCUUGUGGCUGUAGGUAGUAGAUCUGGCUUCCAACUUAUGUUGGUCAUGCUCUCUGGUUAGUGGGAAUCAAACAGCAUCACAGUCUGUGUGGUGGCGAGGCUGCACCUGAAAUAUGGAAAACUUGCUUGAUUUGUUUGGCAAGAAAUAUUUAGUGAUGCAUUUCCGAACCAUACACGCAACAAGGUCAUGUUUAAUACCUCAAACAGUUGUUUUAUUGUUUUUUCUGCAUGUUCUGCCCACUUCAACACUACAGCAACUGCAUAUUCAUGGAUAUAUGAUAAGAUAAACUUAUCAAAUCAAGAAACAUUUAAAAAACAAAUAGGUCAACAUACAUUUAUUUGCUUUCUUGCGGAGAGUUAGAUGAGAAGAUACCACUUUCCUGUCUGUGCAGUAAAUAUGAUGCUACAGCCAGCAGCUGAGUAUCUUAGCUUAGCAUAAAGACUGGAAACAGGGAGAAACAGCUAACCUGUCUCUGUCCAAAGGUAACAAAAUUGUCAUUUUUAAAGUUUGGUUCUUGUACGCAAUUAAAAACACAAGAUAAAGUGUAUUAAGCAGUGAGCUUCAGAGGUGCUGGUCGGCAGAUUUUGUUAUCUUUAAUAUAUUAUACUAAACAGUUUCCCCCGUCUCCAGUCUUUAUGAUAAGCUAAGUUAAACUGCCUCUUAUUUACAGUACAGACACAAGAGUGGUAUCGAUGUUCUCAUCCAACUGUCUAAAGAAAGCAAAUGCUUUCCAAACAUGUUGAACCACUCCUUUAAGAGUGAGAGUCACAUUUAAUAUCCCCCAUUUAAGUAAAAUAAUUGUAUACUCUUAUAAAAAAUAUUGUCAGUACAAAAAUACAAAAUUAUUUUAUUCUUUUUACCAACCACUGUUUGGCCCAUGGGACACAAGCACUAUGUUAAACUUUUAUGGACUGUUAGUAUUACAAGAAGUUACAUGAAUAUGAACAUUUAAUAUAUGUGAUGUUAGAUUAGACUUAACGCCCUGUAUUAAAAACAGUCUCGUUAUCGUCAAAGCAGUCUGGCAGUCCAACAAUGUAAUCCAACAAGUCCUCCAAACCAGUUUUUGGGGUCUCUUGUUAUUCUUAAUAACUUUAU